ACAUUUCAAACGUCUUUGUUUCAUGUCCUCUCCGUCAAAAGUUUCUAAUUAUAUGAAUUAUUCGCAGUUUCCGGUUAUUUCUCCACGAAAUGAAAAUAGACAAAACAAUUUGAACUGUUGUUUUAUUUUUGCACAACACAUUUUCUUUAACAUUUUAUUUUGAAAAAUGUUGGAAGGCUUAUUUGGAGAAGAAGAUUUAACCUCUUCGAAAAUAUCCGAGCCUUCCAAACCUGGAAUACAGUCACCACCAAGACCACGUUAUCAGUGUGGUCUAGCAGGAAUUAGUAACCAAGGAGCCACAUGUUAUCUUAAUUCUCUGCUGCAAACCUUACUAUACACUCCAGAAUUUCGUGAAUCAUUAUUUGACUUGACAGAACAUGAGCUAGGAAGUUUUGAUAGUAAAGAUAUUCCUGGGAAAAAGGCUAGAGUGAUACCAUUACAAUUACAGAAAUUGUUUACAAGAUUAUUACUGAGUAAUCAACAAAGUAUAUCUACAACAGAGCUGACUGAUAGUUUUGGAUGGAAUAACAAAGAGGAAUUACAACAACAUGAUGUGCAGGAACUUAAUCGUAUCUUGUUUAGUGCUGUGGAAGCUUCAUUAGUAGGGACUUCAGGAAAGGACUUGAUAAACAGACUUUACCAUGGAACACUUGUCAAUCAGGUAAUAAACAGACUUUACUAUGGAACACUUGUCAAUCAGAUCAUUUGCUCUGUGUGUGGAAAAGUUAGUGAAAGAGAGGAGGAUUAUUUAGAUUUAACAUUAACAGUUGCUGGCAACAAUAGUUUGGAAGAAGCUCUUUGUGGUAGCUUUGUUGAUAUGGAAAGUAUGGAUGGUAAAAACCAAUACAAAUGUGAAUCUUGUAACAAACUUGUCAAUGCUAAAAAGGGAGCCAAAUUAAGAAGUUUACCAGAAAUUCUGUCUAUCUCUUUUCUAAGAUUUAGUUUUGACUACCAAAAGAUGGAAAGAUACAAGGAGGCAGGAAGACUGGUUUUCCCACAUACCAUUGACAUGGCUCCAUAUUGUGAAAAGGAAGAUCAUUCUUCAGAGUAUGAGUUGUUUUCUGUUGUGAUUCACAAAGGAGGAGCCUAUGGUGGCCAUUACCAUGCAUUUAUAAAGGAUGUAGACUCUCUUGGGAAGUGGACUCACCCAGAUGAAGAAAUUAUCCAGCUUCCAACAGACCCAAGUACUGGUGAAGUUGACUACAUUGAGGUAGACUCCCCUGUAGAGCUGAUACAAGCCAUUCUUGUCAGAAAUCCUGUCCUCACUAUAGACAAACUGUGUGCUGAGAUAAGUAAACAGACUGGGGUAUCAUGGAACAAAAGAUUUAGGAAAAACUUUGGACCUAUUGUUAAGUUUUUAGAAAAAAAUCAUGAAGUAUUUGUAUUUGACCCUGGUAGUAAUCAUGUAUCACUAGGAAAUUCUACGAAAGUGACGGGUGAUAAAGAACAAAAUUCUCCUACAGCAACUGCUGAGCCAAGAAAUAAGAGACCACAAUCACCAACACCAAUGCCUGGUCAAGCUUGGUUUAACUUUGAUGACUCAAGAGUUUCUCCAAUCAGAGAAAAGGAAAUAGAAAAACAAUAUCAAGGAAAAGAAAGUGCUUAUAUGUUGUUCUACAGAAGGAAGACAUUGACAAGACCAAUAGAAGCUGAAGGAAAUCCAGCAUACAAGGUUCCAGAUAACCUAGUUACAGAUAUUAUCAUAGAAAAUGAUGAACUCAGUAGAAAAAGACAGGAAUAUGAGAUAGAAGUCAACACGAUUACUGUACAGAUCCACUUCAGCCAAUCAUAUCAGUACUACUCUGGGGCAUUACAUCCUAGACCAGACCAGUGUGGCUGGAUGGAACUUACUGUUGACAGGAGGAAAACUAUAGCUGAUCUAAAAAUAGCAGUAACUGAGUUAGGAGGAGAACUGGUACCUGAAAUAUUUGUAAUACAAAGGUUGAAGGAGUUACCAGCUGGCCACCAUUUAUAUGAGUUUUUAUCUGGUGAUGACAGUAAACAGAUAAAGGACAUUACUAUUGACGAUGGAACUAUGUUAUUUAUAUGGGAUGGUCAUCAGGUGAAUGGAACAACUGUACCAUCUGGGCUGGAAUAUGAACCUAUUCUACUUAACAUAUCUUAUGGGAAUGACCAACUGUUUAUUAGAGGUUUUUCUAAAAGUUUGACAUUGGAGCAGUUCAAGGUCAUUGUUAGUGAGGAGUCGAGGAUUAGAACCAAGGAUCUGAGAUUAAAAAGAAUUGUAAAUCAAGACACCAACCCAAAACUGAUAGAUUUUUCCAGUGAUUUAUUGGAUACAACUUUAGAAACACUUAGACUUAAGAAUGGAGAUGAAAUAAUUGUAGAGGACAAAUCGGAACAAUCUGUGUCAGAUAGAACCUUUCAGAACAAAAUGAAAAUGACCUAUCCUAUAUAUAUAGAAAAUCGCUGUAGUAAUAUUUUACAUGAUGACAACAAGCGCAUAAGAUUAGAAGUUACAGCAGACAUGAUAGUGAGUGAAGUGAAGUGUAUAGCAGUAUCUAAGUUUUGUAUGAAUAAUAUUGUAGAUGGAGGUCGUUUACGUCACGACCAUGAAACACUUGGAUUAAGAUCACCAAUAUAUGAGAACAUGACUCUGACUGAAGCCAACAUUACCAAGGGCAGUAACUUAGUAUUAGAAUCGGGACCAGCCCCCAGUACUAACCAGAUGACCUUGACAUUUACACCUGGAGACCUCAGAAGUGACCUUUCAGAUUUGGAGGUUACUGUUGACAAAAUGACAACUGUAGGAGAUUGUUUACAGUGUAUGAUUCUCAAGGCAGGGUUUACAGAUGAUGACUGGCAUUUACAGAAAACAAAUUGGUGUGGGGAACCAGCAGAAGUCCUUGAUGACCUAGACUUGACCUUGGAAAUGAGUUUAGUUAACCAUGGUGACCAUUUACUUCUCGUGAAAGGAAAGCUCCCUCCGAAAGGUUUUGUACGAAUUCCAAUCUGGCUGUAUCCAUCACCAAGGAAACCAUUUUGUGAUUCAGCUAACAAUACAGGAAAUGGAAUGUUUAGUUGGUUAACCAAUCAGAUACAAGGCUUGUUCAGAUCAGACAGUAAAUCUCAGGAUACCAGUACAACAUCAGAAGAACCAUUAUACUUAGGUGAUAUAGAAGUUGCCUUGGUGAUGACUUUAGAAGAGUUUAAAUUCCAGAUACUGACCUUACCAUCAUUGUCAGGUUUAUCAUUACCAACACAUGGGUUUCUAAGAGUUACAAUGGUAGAAUCUGGGUACCUGUCUACAGUAUUAAAAGGAACCAGUCAGACAUUACAGAAGCUUAAAGUCAAGUCUUGUAAUAAAUUGGCAGUACAGAUACUUGAUGAAGAGGAAAAUUUGAAUGUAAACCAGAUGGUUUUAUACAUUAAGCAGAGAAUUCCUAAUACAAGAGAAUACCUUCCAUCUGUAGAAAUAAUCUGGGACACAUCACAAGGACCAACUAUAAAUAGCCUACAGAAAACCAUAGCAGAUAGACUAUUUAUACCACCAGAACAUCUAGGCAUGGCUAAGCAUUUCUCAAAAAGAUUUGAUUGGUUGAUUAUAAGGGAGUGUCCAAAUAAGUCAGGUGGUAAAGGCAAGAAGAAAGUACAGAAAACUAACCUACGACACAGUCCUUAUAAUCUACAAGAUGGUGAUAUUAUAGGCAUUAAGAAUUUACAGUUAGAUUUUGAAAGGAAAGAAGAUUAUUGUACAAUUGAAGAUGACCAAGGCAAGAUAGAGUUACAGAAACAGACAGAGGAAAAGAAAAAACAGAGAGAAGAAAGAAAAAAAUAUCAAGAUGCCUUAGAUAGUACAUUGUCUAGGUCCCGGAGACCUGAAGUGUCACUGACUAUAAAAGUGGACGACUUUAGAUAACUCAUAAAAACAGAACAAAUAUUUGUGCUGUUCUUUACUAUAAAGUAGUAAUUGCAAUAUUAAAUUAUAAUACAAGAGGAGUGACUUCUCAUACCAACAUUGCUGCUUUAUGAAAAGUUUUUUGUAUUUUUUUUAUGUUACUGAACGUUGACUAGAAUGUCUUUAUUUUUGUACAUCAUCAUUAUACCAAUCUGAUUAAAGGCUUUUUGUAAGGAUCUGACUACACUCUGUACUAUACUGGGAUCAUUAGAUUUCUUGUAAUGAUCUGACCACACUCUGUACUAUACUGGGAUCAUUAGAUUUCCUGUAAUGAUCUGACCACACUCUGUACUAUACUGGGAUCAUUAGAUUUCUUGUAAGGAUCCGACCACACUCUGUACUAUACUGGGAUCAUUAGAUUUCUUGUAAUGAUCUGACCACACUCUGUACUAUACUGGGAUCAUUAGAUUUCUUGUAAUGAUCUGACCACACUCUGUACUAUACUGGGAUCAUUAGAUUUCUUGUAAUGAUGCACCCUUUCAAAAAUUUGGGAGCAGACAUUUUUUAAAUAUGCCCCCAAGUGUUGCCCUUGACUGCCCGUCUUUCCAUCCGUCCUUCCCUCCCAUUUUCGUUUCCGCAUUCUAACUUAAGUUUGCCUCAUGCAAAUUUUAUAAAAUUAUACACAAUGCUAAGAACCAAAAGUUGCAGACAGAGUUCGAAUUUGGGCAGUGAUUCACUUACCGUUCUAGAGUUAUGCCCUUUAUAACAUUUGAGGUUCAUAGUCAAACCCAAUUUUGAGUUUAUCAGUACUUCUGUUGUUACACAUUUGUUAUAUGUCUAAAUGAUCAAUACAGUUUAGUAUUUCCUGAUAUGAGCUAAUAACUCAUAAUGGAAAAUCAAAUUAUAGUACAUCAUACACAUUCACUGUUAUACUCUACUACUGGGACAUUUUUAUUUAACUACAUUUUGUAUUUUAUAAGUAUUUCUUAUAAUAGACUGCAGGUGUUUUUACUCUUAUAAGUUGAAGUAAAUAUGAAAAGUAGAAUUUUCAUGGUUGUUAGAAUUUUGUGAUAUACAUUUUUAUAACAAAAAAAUUGUUGAUUGUUAAAUUGUUGAACUGUUUCAAUAAAACAUUUUAAUUGAU